UUGUAUAUAAAUAUCAGGAUCUAAGGUCAAGGCACGGCAAACGAAAAGAUAAUAUUUGUACUUUUUAUCGUUUGAAUUUCUUUCGGGACGAAAAAUUGCUCAAAAUGAAACUUGUUAUUUUAGAUGAUUACGAUUCAGUGAGUACAUGGGCUGCUAAAUAUAUACGAAAACAAAUUCGGCAAUUUAAACCUGAUGCGAACCGGCACUUCGUUCUUGGAUUGCCAACAGGUGGAACUCCAUUAGGAACAUAUAAAAAGCUGGUGGAAUUUUGUAAAGAAGGCAGUGUUUCCUUUCGUUAUGUAAAAACAUUCAAUAUGGAUGAAUAUGUUGGACUACCUAGAGAUCAUCCAGAAAGUUACCAUUCAUUUAUGUGGAAUAAUUUUUUCAAGCAUAUUGAUAUCCAUCCAGAGAAUGUAAACCUACUUGAUGGUAAUGCAGAAAACCUGGAAGCUGAAUGUCAGAGAUAUGAGCAAAAAAUAGCAGAAGCUGGCGGAAUAGAUUUAUUUAUGGGAGGCAUUGGUCCAGAUGGACAUAUUGCUUUCAAUGAACCAGGAUCGAGUCUUGCUUCUCGGACCCGCCUGAAAACACUUGCAGUGGACACUAUAGAAGCAAAUGCAAGAUUUUUUGAUAAUGAUUUAACCAAAGUCCCUCAUGAAGCUCUAACGGUUGGUGUUGGAACUGUAAUGGAUGCUAGAGAGGUCAUGAUUUUAAUAACUGGCUCUCAUAAAGCAUUAGCACUUUCAAAAGCGAUUGAAGAAGGCGUUAGCCACAUGUGGACUGUGUCAGCAUUCCAGAUGCAUCCUAAAGCACUAUUUGUCUGUGAUGAAGAUGCUACUUUGGAAUUGAAAGUAAAAACUGUCAAGUAUUUCAAAGGUUUAAUGAGAGUUCAUAAUAAGCUAAUUGAAUUAGAAGCUGGUGCAAAAUGUACUGCUCAAUAACAACACUAACUCCAGCUAAUCCGUCCCUCAACCUAUUUGUGGUGAAUUCUCCUUUUGUAUUUGUAUGCAUGUUGUUUCUGUGUUUGUAUGGCUGUGCCUUAUUUAUGUCCUAUUAUAUGAUUGCUUAUUUUCUCUGUUACAGUUGAAAUUCUGUUUUUAAGGUUUAUUCGGGGAAAUGUAAAAAUGCAUUUACAUCUUUAAACGAUAGGGAUUAUGAGAAAAAUGAUGGAUUAACAAUUUGGUGGGUUAUUUAACGCUUUAGUAGUAGGGAAGAGAUUUUAUGCUAUCUAUUGAAACAUUUUUUUUUUUCACGCUCAUGUAAAAGAAGUGUUGAAAAAGUUUUUGCAUUGAUUUUUAAUUGAUUGUUUUCUUGAGAUUUUGUUUAUUUUCAAGAGCUUCUCAGCUUUUAUUGAAAUUGAAAGGUGAUUAAUACCAUAAAACUUUCCAUUAUUUACCCCAAAUGAUUUUCUAUGUAUGCUUGUGUAAAUAUAUAAUGCAAUUAAUCAUUUUUUAACUUUUAUGUGUUAACCUGCCUUUAUUACGUUUAACAAUUUUGUCGUCUACUUUUUUAUUUAGUCACUGUGUCAAGUGUCUUAGAUGUAUAUUACUAAUAUUACUUUAUACUAUGUUAUGUUUGUUGUCCUUCAUCUUCAAUCAAAUUGUCAACACCUGUCU